ACACUAACGAGUAACGAGCAAGUGUAUGUAUAGGAUGUUGUUGGAUGCACAUCCGAGCAUAAAUACAGAUCACAUGAACUCACAAUUUCUCCAUCCAGUAACACUAAAAUCUAAUGAAAAACAAAGGAUGAAACAUAUGUUGUACUUCCUUCUUGCCUUAACCGUUGUUUCGGCUGCGACCGCAAGACCCGGCGAGCCAGUUCUCGACGUCGAUGGUGAUAACGUAUCCGACGGCAGUUACUACGUUCUCCCCCGCAUCUUAGGAGCUGCAGGUGGCGGCCUAACUUUAGUCCCCAGUGGUGGCAACAAAUGUCCCCUCUAUAUCGGACAGGGAGACUCAUCAAGUUGA